AUGUCGAAUAAUAACAGCUCCGAGAAGGACGUCACCUUGUACAAAGAUGAGACCACAAACUCGCCAAGCCCUGGCGAGGAAGUGAAGCGAAGGCGACCAACCUUACUAGGUCGUAUAGAAGAAACUAUAGGGGCUACUUCACCCCUCUCCCUGCCACCAGAAAUAGCAAAUGCGACAGAUGGCGAGGCAAAUCGGGAUGAAAUUACAUUUGGGAUGGAAAGCCCGACCAGUGUGCUCGAUGAGACUGAUCACAAAAAGGAUCUGAACUAUUUGAGUUCCCGAUCACGGAACAGUCCAUCCAGCUAUUUUGCACCUACAAGAUCGUCCCAAGCGAAGAAACAUGACAAGAUUGAGCCCUUCGGUCGCCAGGGCAGUCCUUUACUGCGAACAUCCUCUAUGCAUAAUACACGGCCCAUGUCUCCUCUGGCACGCAGUAACAGUACUCUCAGAAACUACAGGAAUAACAGUACUGAAAGUGGACAAUUGUCUCACUCGGUGUCUGAACAAAGGGAUGAAGCUCAUAAAAUGCGGAGCUCAACCUUCAAUCCGACGGACAGCCCAAAAUUUCAUGAAAACAAUGUGACCGAGAUACUUGGCGGUUGGAGCCAGGGAAGAGACGUAGACUUGGGAGAGUCAAGGGUAGCCGGAUUUGAACAUCUAGAGGAAGAAGCAAUGAGGGAACGACGCGAAGAACUGGAAAUUGCCAAAGAAGAGGUGGUGAGCCUGCGUCAGCGUAACUACGAGCUAGUAGCGGAGAAUGGAAAUCUCAAAGCUUUUAGCAUGGAGCAUGACAAGGCUGUAGAGGAUAAACUGAAGUUUUACAAGGCCGAAUUAGAAAUGUGGAAGCAAAACUACGACGCGCUCUCCACCAAGUGUCGAAAACUCGAGGACCAAGUCAAGGCCGAAACGUCACAGAAGGAAGCGACAGAAACAGAGAACAAGAAGCUUCGAGCAACAGUCGUGGAAAAGCAAAACGACAUUGCCAAGAUGAAAACUGAGCUCAAGAAGAAAGACAAUGAGUUAAUAGACAUGACUCAACACGCCGCAAAUACCGAGGAAGAGGCAUUGGAGAGCAACAAGAAACUUACAAGGCUACAAAAGUCAGUAUGUGAUAUGGGUAGAGUCAUCGUAAGGUGGAUACAAUUAUCGUUCGGCGGCGUAGCCAUCGACCUUAAGGAUCUCGAUCAGGUCAUACGAAAUUGUGCGGAUGAUGCUGAGACCAACGAAGUGCUGUUGCAUGUGCGGCAAUUCGUGAAAAUGUUUGUUGAGAAGAAUGGAAGUCUGGAACGUCAAUUGGAGGACAAAAAAUAUGAAAUCACCAAUAUUAAAAAGGCGAUCGAAGAGCAAUCCCACGAGGAAGUUCCACCGACUCCCGGUCUAAUGCCUUAUAUAAACCCGCUGUACAGCAGCGACAAAAUCGAGACUCUCUACAAGGAGGAGCGAGCAAAACGAAUAGCUGCUGAACAAAAGCUUUCAGCUCUGGUAACAGAAGACAAGCAAGACUCGCAACUCCAAAAGACCCAGCAAGAUCUCCAUUCGCAACUAGCAGACCUCCAAGCCCAAAUCACCCACUUCACCCAACAAGCCCAAACCUCACAACACGAAGCCGCAGAAUGGAAAUCCGAGCUCACCCUCAAACAAUCCGAACUCGACGUCCGCACCUCAGAAUUCGACUCUGCCCUGCACGAAAAAGACCAAGAAAUACUCAGCUACAUCUCCGCCUACCACGCCUUCACCAGCGACGCCUCAUUCCGCGCGCCCGCCGCCCUGCACAGCAAACUCUGCAGCCUCGAGCGCGACUACGCCUCGCUCAAGAGCACCUUCAACCACACCUCAGCCGCCGACGCCAAAAAACGCGACACCAUCACGCGGCUGGAGCGCAAACUCAAACUCGCAACCGCAUACACGACCGACAUGCAACAAGCCAUGUACGCGCGUGCCAAACUGCCGCAGCCCUCGGACUACGCAAGGAUGGAUGAUGAGGAGUUUGACUGGGAGUCGGAGCUGGAUGGUGGUGAUGAUGGGUUGAAGAUGCAGCCGCCUCGGUUUACGGCGCGCCCGAGGAAGGUCCCGAGGUAUCUGAUGGAGCCGGCGGUGGGGAGGAGGAGGGAGGCGGUGCAGGCAUAUAGGGAGGAGUUGAGGGUGAAGAGGGAGAAGGAGGUGUUGGGGUUGGUGGAGGGAAGGAAGGGGGUGGUGGGAGGUUGA